AUGAAUAAGAUCAGUUGUUUUGUUUAAAUCUAUUCCUUUGAUGCUAAUGAUUAAAACUAAGAUUGUAUAAGUUUUGUUAUUAUUUUAGGUUGGAAUAUCACAAAUUUGCAAAUCGCAAUGUUCAGAACUUGCAACUUCGAAUUCAUUUUUGGUGGCCCCAAGAGUUUUGGAAUGAAUACUUAGAUUACAAGAUUUUUUAAUGACCUUGAUCCUCAUCACAUGUUGAAAAUUGAAAUAGAGCUAUGGAUGUAAUUUUCAUCUUUAACUUUUAGUAUAGAUAAAUGGACUUUAGAUUCAAUAAACAUUGAAAUUGAUAAUACUUUGCAUUUCUAAAAAGCUUAUCGACAUUCUGGUUUAUUUCCUGAUUAUUGUGGUACUGGGAGCUUGUAUGAUGAUGAUGAUGAUGAAUCUAUUUAUAAUGAUGAACUUGAUUCAAUAUAGUUUACAAUUCCUCAUACAAAAAGAAGUGCUUGGGUACAUAUUUAUACAUAAUAUAUAACUAAUGAGAAUGUAAAACUGAAAUUUUAUAAAAGUAAUCAUGGGGCAUUAAAACAUUUAAAUUAAGUAUAGAGAAAUGUCCAGAUGAAUGUCUUGCAUGUUCAGAUAAUGAAUAUCCAGAAUGUUUAAAAUGGCUCAAACAUACAUAAUCUUUUUAAUAAUCUUUAAUUAGUGGAUUUGAUUAAUGGGAUGAAUUGGGAUUUCCAUUAAAUAUUUGGCAAUCAGAUUAAUGCUCAAAUUGUGAUUAUAUUUAUGGUAUGAAAUUUAGAAGACGUCUAUAUUUGUAAAAAAAAUAAUAAAUCCUUUUAAGAUUAUUUAAAUUUGAUACAAAUAAUUUUUAAAUUUGCUUAAAUAAUAAUUAAUACAAAAUUAUUUACAAUUAAAAUGGGCAUAUAGAAAUUUUGAUAGAUGAUUGGUAAGGUGUAAUAUCAGAGAUACUAAUUGAAUCCUUAUAAAUGGAAUUAUAUAUAAGAGAUAUUGAUAUAUAUGUAGCAGAUUUUGAGGAAAAUUUCAUCGUCUCUUUCCUUCCUGGUUGCAUGUUUUUUAUUUAAGAAAUAUGUAAUUCAUGUUAUAAAGGUUGGAAUUUUAUUGAACUUAAUAAUAUUUGUUAACCAUAAUGUGGUGAUAAACUUAUAGUAGGAGAGGAAUAAUGUGAUGAUGGAAAUGAUAUAUCUUAUGAUGGAUGUUUUGAAUGUAAAUUUUAAUGUGAUCAAAACUGUCUUGUAUGUUAAUUUGGCAAAUGUUUGGAAUGUUUAAGCAAUUUUGAAUUAAAUGAUGAUUAUUAGUGUUUACCUGUUUGUGGAGAUGAAUUUUUAGUUCCAUAUACAAAAGAAAAAUGUGAUGAUGGUAAUAAUUUAGAAGGUGAUGGUUGCUAUAAUUGUAAUUUUGAAUGCGAUUAGGGUUGUAAUAUUUGUUAUUUAAAGAAAUGUUUAGAAUGUUAAAGAGGAUUUCAAUUAAUAGAUGAUUAAUGCAAUCCCUAAUGUGGAGAUAAGAUUGUAAUUAUUGGUUUUGAAGAUUGUGAUGAUGGUAAUUUAAUACCAUUUGAUGGAUGCUUUGAAUGCAAAUUCUAAUGUUUUGAAGGUUGCAUCAACUGCUAUGAAGGAAAAUGUAAUGAUGAUUAAUGUGAAAAAGGAUAUAGAUUAAUUGAAAAUGAAUGUGUUUCAAUUUGUGGUGAUUAAUAUGUCACUUUAUAAGAAGAGUGUGAUGAUAGUAAUAAUAUUGAAUAUGAUGGCUGUCACAAUUGUAAAUACUAAUGUCCUUUGAAUUGUUCUGAAUGUUAUUAAGGUUAAUGUCUUUUUUGUGAUGAAUAAUAUGAACUUAUAAAAACUGGUUAAUGUUAAGAAAUUACAAUUUUAUUUGAGGAAAAUGAUAUAGUUAUGUGUUAUGAUGGAAAUGAUUUACCGAAUGAUGGUUGUUACAAUUUUAUGGUUGAAUUCAAUUGGGUAUGUUCAGAGUAUUCAAUAGAUAUUCUUAGUUAAUGUACUUUUAAUGUAAAUCCAAAAUUAAUACUUACAUUCUUAAAUUAUACAUCAGAUAUAUAAUAUGUUAGGAUUUAAUUUAAUGAAUAAGUUAUGACUACAUCUGAAAUGGUACUUAGUGAUACAAUAGAAAUAAAUGUUAUAAAUGUUACAAAUGAUAAAUAACAAUUAAAUAUAUCUAUUAUUUAAGAAGCAGGUCCAUAAAUUUCAAAUCCAGACUAUGUUAUUGCUAUUUAAAUAUUUACAUUACUUGAAUUCAAACCAAUACUAUAGAUCAAAUUAAAUUAAUUAAUUGUUAAUUAAUAUGGAGGGUAAGUAACUCCUAAUGAUCAUUACAUUACCUUAAAUAAACCCAAUUAUUUAGAUGAAGUCUAAACUGCCUAUUCUAUUAAAUUGCAACAAGUCAAUAAAUCUAUUAUAUAUACUGUUUUAGGUAUUGCAAUAGUAUCCCUUUUGUUUGGUUUAUCUGAAUUAUUUUUAUAAAUUAUCAACAUAUUGCAGUAUCAACAAUAUUUAAGGUACUUGAAUCUAGAGUUUCCAAAAAACCUUUUGAUAUAUUUUGAAUUAGGUGAUUUGUUAUAGAGUUAAACUUUAAUGGAUUAUUUUAGUAUCUAAAACUUUUUUUCUUUUUUCUAAGUAGAAUCUAACUUUAAAUCUUCUUAUGAAAAAUUCGAUUACUAUAAACUGAAUGCUGAUCUCCUUGAAAAUAUAUAGUGGUAGAUAUUUUAAUGUGUAAUUUGUUUACUUUUAAUAUCAAUUAUUAGUUUGUUGAAAAGAGUUUUUUAUUAUCACAUAUUUACAAAUUCAUUUGUUAAAAAAAUGUCUAUUUUCUCUAAAUGUAUUAAAAAUUAAUAUGUUGCAAAAAUAUCUAAUGGAUUAUACAAUUUAGCAAAAUCACUCUUAAGCAUAGAAUAAUUUGCCACUUUUAAUGGUGUCAAAAAAUUGUUAUUAAUUAAUGGAUGGGAUUUGCUCUUUAAAACUUUGUUAUAUCUUCAAUCAAUAGAUUCUAUUAACGUAAGAGAUAGUAUUUCAAUUGUAAUAAGUAUAUGCAUCCUUAUAGCUUAUUUUUUAAUAAUAAUUUCAGCUUGUAAUAGAGAGACUUCAAUUCAAAAUGGAAGACACAAGAUUUUAUAAGUAAAAAGAUAUGAAAUUUUAAAUUUGUUAAGAUAAACAUGUUUUCUUAUGAUCUUAGUAUUCUUAUAAAAAUAAGAGAUUUUAUAGAUUAUGCUAAUUACAUUCAUUUGUAUUUUGUGUCUCAAAAUUGUUUAUAAUUAUCGCAAAGUUUUUUAAAUGUAAAACUUUUUAGUAUAAUUUAUUGUUGAAGGAUCCAUAAUAUUGUUUACAUUAACAUCACUUGUAUAUGUAAAUGAUUAUGAAAUGCAUAUCAAUUAAGAGUUAAAAAUUAAAUUUGGUUGGUUCCACAUAAGUAUUCUCUCUAUUGGUCUCAUUGUGCAAUUGAUAAUGAUUAUAUAAGAAAGGAUUUGUUCUUUUUAUAAGAAAUACUAGUAAGGAAAAGAAAAAUUCAAAUAAAUUCGAAAAAAUUCUCAUUUGAUUUUAGUAGAAAUAAAACAUCGUGUUAUAAUUUAAAAUGUAUGA